AUGGCGCCCAAUACCAUCGCCAUUCUGCUCUGCCUGGUCUCGACCCUCUCCGCAAUACCUCUGCCGACCUCAAAGACUGCCAUCCCUUAUGCUGCGCCUAGAGCCAUCGUCUGGGACAUGUCGGGUACCAUCACGGUCUCGCCCACUCAGAUUACUGCUACCAAAGUUCCUGGACCGCCCUUCAACGUGAAGAGGGUUGCUGCAAAGACUCAGACGGACGAAAUCUGGCACGAUGUCAUGUUUGAGGCGUACAUCGCGUAUGGCUGCUAUACAUUUUUUGCGCAGCGAACGGUGCGAUUCCACGCAAGUCCCACAUAUCGCUUCGAAGAACUCAGCUUCGAGGCUUUUACCUUGCCUGACUUCUCUAGACCCGGCUGUCGAAAUGUGUCGCCAGGCAAACGCACGGUGACGCCAGCAGAGAACUCUCUUAUCGAACAUAGCUAUCGCAUAGCCGACUCUUUCGCUAUCAAUGCAUCGGGUGCCGGCAGUAGCAAAUACGUUUCGCCGUUCAAAUUGAACAACGGCUUGUCGCGUGCUCUGUCCGAGCAUCUCGGAUUUCUCUCGUCGGGUGCUCAUUCUACUCAGCCCUCCAAUGCCAGCCGAGAGUGGCAAUGCGUCAAUUCAGCGAACUUGACCACAUCCGAGUCUGCGGGGGAUGAGGUGGUCGGAGGAUGCCUCGCUCCUACUACGGCUGUGCCCAUCGUUUGGGAGAUGACGGGCACCGUGACGGUCUCGCCCAAGGGUGUCCACCCGACCAAGAACGAGCCACCGCCAUUCAACGUCAACCGAGUCGACGGCUAUAACGGACCAGAUGGUAUCUGGCAUGAUGUCAAAUUUGAGGCAUACGUUGCGUACAGCUGCUACACGUUCUACGCGCAACGAACAAUGCGAUUCCACGCAAGUCCUACAUAUAAGUUUGAACAGCUUAGCUUCGAGGCGUACACGGUACCCGAUUCCUCGAGACCUGGAUGUCAGCACGUAUCGCCUGGCAGGCGCAACUUGCCGACGGCGCGCAAUACGUGGGAAAUUCUUCCCAUCUCGAACAUAGCCAUCGCAUAG